AUGUUUCUCUAUUCUUUCCAUUCUUCGCGCAACAGCACGUCUAUUGACGGCAUCGUGAGACUUUGGGACGCGCGUACUUCUCAGUGCGUCCGCGAACAGCAAGGCCACACCAAAGCCAUAUUAGAUUUUGCGCUCUCCCCGGAUUACGCGCGCGUGCUCACCGCCUCCGACGAUGGCACUUCGCGCGUCUUCAACUUUCAAUAA